CCGGAGGGGACUUUAGGUUUACCCUCCGUCCGUCUGUCUGUCUGUCCGCAUGUCUGUCUGUCCGUCUGUCUGUCUGUCAGUCCGUCCGUCCACAAAACUGGAUCCCGCGAUAACUUGAAAAGAACUAAAAAUAUUUUUAUGAAACUUGAUAUAUGGAUAGAUGGCAGUAUGGAGAUUAUGCACGUCUUUUUCUUUUCUUCCUAUGUUGAAAAUUCUGGUUGCUAUGGCAACAAAUAGGCUUAAAAUAUGGCAAAUUUCACACGUAAACUGGAUCCAGUGAUAACGCAAAAAGUACUGGAAAUAUUUUUAUGAAACUUGAAAUCUGGGUAGAUGGCAGUCUGGAGAUUAUGCACGUCUUUUUCUUUUCUUCCUAUGUUGAAAAUUCUGGUUGCUAUGGCAACAAAUAGACUGAAAAUAUGGCAAAUUUUACACAUAAACUGGAUCCUGUGUUAACGCAAAAAGUAAUAGAAAUAUUUUUAUGAAACUUGUAAUAUGGGUAGAUGGCAGUCUGGAGAUUAUGCAUGUCUUUUUCUUUUCUUCCUAUGUUGAAAAUUCUGGUUGCUAUGGCAACACAUAGACUGAAAAUAUGGCAAAUUUUACACAUACACUGAAAAAGUACUGGAAAUAUUUUUAUGAAACUUGACAUAUGGGUAGAUGGCAGUCUUGAGAUUAUGCAUGUCUUAUCUGUUCUCCCUAUUUUGAAAAAAUAUUGGUUGCGUUGGCAACAAAUAGGCUUAAAACAUGGCAAAUAUGACAUUAUUUGUGAUUAGUCAAAAAGAGCUGAAAUUUUUUUAUGAAAUUGCAUCUUUAAUUCAAGAGUUAUCUCCUCUUUAAGAAUUUUGCUGUUAAAAAUGUUAUAUUUUGGUAACAGGGAAUUGUUUCAAAUAUUAACUUUAGAGUGUCCGUCUGUCUGUCUGUUCAUAAAAACUGUUUCCUGUGAUCACUUUUAAAGAACUUUUCCAACAAAUUUUCUUAAAAUAUAGAAAAAUUGAAACAUUAGUGAAUGGCCAAUGGCCCUUCAGAAUGUUGAUGGGGUUCUAACCGGUAGGGGACUUAUGGAUUGCUUGCAAUACUAUGAUAAUUGCUUGUUUUUAUUCAUGUUUUAGAUAGCUCUAUCUUAGUUCAUUUUUCAAAAAAAAAGAAUUGAAGCAUGUACCUUCAAGUCUACCUCUUUGAACUAUCUGGUGCACUCUCUGCCUUUAGAAUUUAUGUAAGAAAGGUUUGGCUGUAAGGAAACCACAAGAACUACGAUUCAUUUGAAAUACUACAAUCAUACUGUCAAACACUAAAUUACUUAAAUGUCUACUAUAUAACUGAAGUAUUGAUAAACAGUAUGAUUUACAAAAAACAAAUAUACUUUAUUAUACCCCCAAAAACGAAGUUUGGGGGGGUAUAUAGGAGUCACCGGUGGUCGGUCGGUUGGUUGGUUGGUCGGUCCAGAUGUCCGUUGCAUUUUCCUUGUCCGGAGCAUAUCUUGAAGACUAAUGAUUGGAAUUCAAUAUAACUACAUACAAUGGUCAAGCACAUUGAGAGGAAGUGCAGUGCACAAGAACCAUAACUCUAUCUUGACUAAUUACAGAGUUAUUGCCCUUUGUUACUUUUCCUUGUCCGGGGCAUAACUUGAAAACUACUGGUUGGAAUUCAAAACAAAUUCAUACAAUUGUCAAACACAAUAAGGGGAAGUGCAGUGCACAAGAACCAUAACUCUAUCUAAAGUAAUUACAGAGUUAUUGCCCUUUGUUGCUUUUCCAUUGCUUUUUUUUUGUCCGUUGCAUUUUCCUUGUUAAAUUUAUAAUAUUAUUAAAUUUAUGAAAUUACAAUGUAACAUUUGAUUAUAUCCUACCAUAUAAUGUGGUUGGUGCUAUACUGGAAUCACUUUGCGGCAUCAUUAGGUCAGUCAUUCCGUCUGUUUGUUUCCAUCGGGUCAAUAUCCCCUUGUAGGACAAAUGCCAAACAUCAAACUUUUUUUUCUUUUCUCUGUAUAUUCUAUACCCCCUGUGUGAUUUUCCUUAAAUUUGCCUCAACAAGGCAGUAUGCAUAACCAAUGUCUGUGUUUGGUUUGCUCAAGGUCAAUGUCAUCUAUGGAGGUCAAAGGCUAAAUCAGGUAUGUUAUAUAGAAUAUGAAAAGGCUAAAUCAGGUUGUCGUACUCAAUUGAUAGAACAUUAUCGCAGUGAUGUACUUAAAGUAUCAGCAAUACCUUUACAACCAGAUGAGGAAAAUUAUAACUUCAGUGACAUUUAUAUAAGACCCACUUUAACAAAAAAGAUAGAAAAGAACAGAGGGGAGUCUGAGGAAAAAGAAAUAAAGACCAUGUCAGAGAUUUUCACCAAGAACGGGGAACCACAGAAAUUUAUUUAUGUUAUUGGAGAUGCAGGGUCUGGUAAGAGUAGUUUCUGUAAAUAUUUGAUCAACUGUUGGUGUAUGGCACACAGUGAUGGACCCAAUACAGAUGAUGAGUUUGAAGGAGUCAAGGAAAUGAAGAAAUUUGAUUUCAUGUUUUAUAUUUCUCUUAGACAUAAUGUAAAGAUCCGAAGUAUUCAAGAAAUGCUUGAAAUGAGAUAUGAUAAGAUAAAAAAUUUAAGUAACAUUCUUGAAAAUGAUUCUGAAAAGAUAAUUAUUUUGCUUGAUGGUUUAGAUGAAUGGUCUUUUGACAGUGAGACUAGGAAUGAGUUCCAGGCAGGCCUACCUGAACGUGACUUUACAAAGAAAUACACCAUUGUUACUACAUCACGGCCAUGGAAAAUUCACAGUUUGAGAGUAAGUAAUAGAGAGAUUCAUCAAUUAUUGAAAUUAAAAGGGUUUGAUAAAACACAUGAAAAAGAAAUGAUUAAGAAAACAAUAACAGCAUUGAACGAAUCAUUAGAUCCUAAUGUGUGUGAACAAAAGCUUAAUGUACAGUCUCUGGUUGGCCUGAAACAGGUACCAAUUAUGCUGCAACAAUUGGUUUGUUUAUGGUGUGAUGGUAAACUCGAUAAAACCUCAAGGUGUGCUAUUUAUACUGGUAUGUUAGAACUUUAUUUCACCUGGAAUAUCAAUAAAACUUUAGGAAAUAAUACAGAAUGUAUGGAAAGUUCUCAGAAUGUUGAACUCCCUCAGUAUUUAACAGAUGUAGAGAUAUGUAGAUUAAAUAGUCAUCUUAUAUAUGGUGUGUCACGCUUGGCUUAUGAGACAUUGUUCAAUUAUCCAAAGGAUAAGUCCUUAACAUUUGACAAAUCUGUGUUUGAUGAUUUGAAAAUAUCACAAGAUGUGCGACAAACAUGUCUGAAACUGGGGAUUUUGACAGAAGAUAAAUGUCCUUCUUUUUCUGUAUCCAAACCUAAAAGCUCAUUGUUCUCUUUCAUUCACAAAUCAAUGCAAGAAUUUCUGGCUGCAGUGAAUAUUGGUAUAAAUUUCAAUGCAAAAAUGUGUUCAUCAGAUAGUACAGGAAAUGUUGAAUUAGUCAAAAAGUUUAUUUGUGAGGUUUUUCGGAAUUGUUCAACAGUCAAUGACAUAUUAGAGCAGUCAAAUGUAAUUAUUAUGCUAUAUGGUCUAGAAUCUAGAUUAGCAACUCAUGUUUCAAAAUACAUAUAUGAUACUGCAUCGAAAGACUCUUGUGUUCAGGAAUACAGGAGAACAAUAAAUAGUGACUUUUAUAGCGAUCAUGAUUGUAUUACUGAUAUUCAAGAGCUUAUGUUUGAGUCAAUGGAAGAAUUCAAUGCAACAUGUAGAGUAGGAAGUAAUCCUGUAUUUUAUAUAGGAGAUUUGGUCAUUGAUAUACUGGGUCAGUCUUGUGAUAUUGUUUGUUCAGGUAUUGAUCAGCAUCAAAUUGUUCCUGACACUGUUCUGUCUAUUAAGGUAGAUUACAUCAACACACAAAAUAUGAAAUUUACAAAAUAUUUACCAAUGUUUCGUCGUCUUGAAAAAAUUGCAGUAACAUAUGGCCCUACCUCACAUGGAUCACAAAGUGAUAGAACACAAAGUAAUGAACAGAGGAUUGAUGAGGUAAACAAUUGUAUUUCUGAGACAAUUAAAGUAAAUACUUCAACAAUAAAAUAUCUGACUCUUAAUGAUGUCUUUAACACUGGCAAGUACUAUCCAAUAUAUAAAACAGUUGUAAGUUACCUAUCUAGUAUGAUCAAUCUUGUAGCAAUAAGUAUGAGUCGUAUAACAAUGAGUCAUGAUUACACUAGUACAUUUUGUAAUUUUCUUGAGGGAACCAGUCAUCUUGAACAAAUACAUCUUGAGUCUGUUAAAUGUGAGUGUGAGAACCAGCAUGAUGUAAAUUUAUCAAAACAUCAACAACUUCAGUACCUUUAUUUGUAUGAUACUGUUAGUGUGAUAGAUGCUGAUACUACAAACCUUGAAAUAUUUAGAUUUAGUAAAUUGAAAGAUAGUUAUUAUGAGAAAAUAUUUGAUAUUAUUAGAAAAUCUAACAAAUUAAAAGAACUUAAAUUGUAUGGAGAAUAUUUUCAAUAAAUCUCAAUUAUAUCAUACCAACAUAACAAAGAGACUUGUCACAGUAUUACCAUUGUUACACAAUCUCAGUGUGCUUGUGUUAUGGCAUUGUAGGUUAACUGACAAUAUAAUACAGUCACCUUUAGAGAUGAAGAGUUUAAAGAACAUUAAGCUUGAUGAAGUCAUAAUGAGUUUGACAACAUGGCAGAAGUUUGUUGAUAGUCUUCCUAGUAUUCCUCAUACUGUAGAUGUGAGUGUAUGGGAAUGUUAUAUAACAGGAGAUGGUGAGGAGUUUAAUGAUGAUAGGUUAACAUGGACAUCACUAGGAGGAGAGAAGGGAAAUGAUGCUAAACAGUAUGUAAAAGAUAAGGAUCAGUUAUUUCAUGUUAAACGUGAUAGUGAUUAUUGGUUUGAAUUUUCAACAAAAAAGUGAUAUAGUAAACAUGUAGUAAACAUAAAUUAGUGCAUGUUAAAAGAGAUGAUAUUUUUUUUUUCAUUUUUGACAAAAAAGAAAAUGAUCUGAAUUUUUAACAUAGUGAGAUAGAAUACAUGCAGUUAACAUAGUGCUUAAUCUAAAUUAUUUCAUGAUAAAAGACAUAAUUAUUAAAAUAAACAUUAUCAGCAAAAAAAAAUAAUACUAAAGUUACAUAUUGAUAUGUUAAAUAAUGAAUGUAAUACAAUAUGAUAAAUAACAAUCAUCAAAAACAGUUCAUUAAAUAUCAAUUUCUGAUCAUUGUAGUAAUAUUGAAAUUGAUGAAAGUAAUAUUCAAAUGUGUAUUUAAAUAAAAAAAAUGAAAUAAAUGCAGUGAAAUAUAAAGAAAAAAUAUAUUAAUCUGGAUAAAGGUAAAGGUUAUUUUUUUAAAGAGCAGAGAUAGUUUGUGAAAAGAAAUAUGAUUUGAAAAAAGUAAUGUUCUAAUUAUAAUGCAUAAAAUAGAUUUGAAAAUAAACAAGUAAAUAAAUUAAUGAAUAAGUAAAUUUAAUGGAAAUAUCAUAAAACAGAUGUUUAAUGUAAUUUACAUGGUCAGAAAAGUUAGAAGAAGUAAAAGAUAACAUGCAAAUACCAGUCAUAUAAAUAUGUAUGGCAAUGGAAUGGUAUAUAUAAAUACCAGUUAUAUGAUAUAAAGGACAAGGGAAUCAGGUAUAUAUAAAUACCAGUUAUAUCAUAAUGUACAAGGGCAGAAGAAGUAAAAGAUUAAUGUAACUGAAUGAAUAAAUAUCUGUUAUAUGAUAUAUUGGACAAUGUAAUGGUAUAAACAAAUACUAGUUGCACAAUAUAUAGGACAAGUGAAUGAUAUAUAUUGAUACCAGUUAUAUGGUGUAUAGGAUAAUGGAAUGUUAUAAAUAAAUACCGGUUAUACAAUAUAUAGGACAGGGGUAUAUAUAAAUACCAGUUAUAUGAUAUAUAGGAAAAGUGGAUGAUAUUUAUAAAUACCAAAUAUGAAUAUAUAUGACAAAUGAUUGGUAUAUGUAAAUACCAGUUAUAUGAUAUAUAGGACAAGGGAGUGGUAUAUAUAUAAAUACCAGUUUUAUUUAAUCAAUACAAGGGAAUGUUAUAAUCUGUUACAAGUUAUAUGAUAUAUAGGAUAAAUGAAUGGUGUAUAUAAAUACCAGUUAAGUGAUAACUAUGACAAAGAAAUGUUACAAAUGUAUAAAUAAAUACCAAAUAUAUGUUAUAUAAGGAAUGGUAAAAGGUUAUAUGGAAUGUAGGACAAGGGAAUGGUAUAUGUAAAUACUGGUUAUAUGAUAUAUAGGACAAGGGAAUGGUAUAUAUUAUUACCAGUUAUAUGAUAUAUAGUGUUAUGUGAUAAAGAAGAAUAGUAAAUUUUAUAUGUGUCAGUGAAUACUUGUUAGAUGAUAUAUAGGAAAAGUAAAUGGUAUACAUAAUUGUUUUCAUUGAGAUCAGGACAAUUUACAUGUUAUGUUUUAGAGAUUCCUUCUUGGAUUGUUUUAUAUUGUAGAAAUUGUAAAAAAGUGAGAAAUGUUUUAAUUAUGCAAAACGAUUUAUGUGUACAGAUUAAUACAGUUAGUAAUUUUCAAAUUGUAUAGUUAAAGGGACUCCACUGAGGAUUUUAUUAUAUUAAUUGUUUGAUAUGAUAGGAUGUCUAAUGGGAGUUAUGUUGUUGAUGUGUCAUACUAUUUGAAGAAGAUAUAUUACUUUUCUUGUAAAUAAAUUGUAUUCAAAAUUUCAGAUUAUUUGCUCACUUUGUUUUUCCAAAAUACUAGUAAUCAGUUUAGCUCGGCUAUUCAAUGAGUAGCUAAUGCUAUAAUAGUACUUACCGCAUUGGUGUCAAACUUAGGAUACUUUUAUUUCCAUUUUUGAAAUUAGCUCAUUCUGCAUUAUCCAUCACUGUGGAUAGUCAAGCACACUGUACGUCCUGUCGAUAGUGUUUAAAUGUUUAUAGCUAAAGUUCGUCUGAAAAUUACACUUCAUUAAUAUCGAUUUUCAAUUAUUUUAUUCCGAGUAUAUUUCUUUAGUAUCAUUUUUUCCCUUAUUUUUUAACCCGAUUAAUCAGUUU